AUGAACACAAGUAUGCGACAUCAAGCAGUUAAUUUGGGAUGGAACACAAGGUAAAAAAAUCUUGUGUAUUUCAAUUAAUGGAUUGAACUUGAAGAAGAUUACUUGUAACCAGAAUCAGGCAAGAAAACCAACAAGCAGCAUACUCAGCCAUAUAAUUUUUCAAAAAGAACUGCACUACAAUCAGGAUAUCAAUCUGUUGUACGAAGAACAGUAUGUAGUUUCCAAAAACUCUUGUAAAUUUAUGCAGAGGACGAUUUGUACUUUAAUAGUUUAAAAUAUAAAUAGAAGAAUGAGACUGAAUUACAAAUUUACCAUUUAUACAAAUCAAAUUCAUUAUUUCGAUCAAAAGAAAAAAUGCCAUUAAUGAAUUAACAGAAAUAUUAAGUUAAGCAGAUAAAUUCCAAGCAUUAAUUGAAAAGUAAUUUAAUACAAAAACACAAGACCUUAAUUAACUGGAAAUUAUUUCAAAUAAUUUAGGAAAACUAUUAUAAAAUGAUUUAUUAGGUACUCAUAAGAUUCAUAAGAUCAUAAAGGAAUAAAGUUUUAAAUCUGCUGAUGCAAAAAUGUAAAAUAAUGAAAUUCUACAAAAUGAGAAUCACAUUUAAAAUCAAUAAUCAAUUAAGUAACUUAAUUUAUAAGUGCAACGUCUUAAGAUAUAUUAGGAAAUCUUAAAUGAAGCUUUACAUUAGUAUAAUUAAAUAAUAUUAUCAAUAAAUAAUUUAUAGACUGAAUUAUAACAAGUACAAUUUUAUUAAUUUUAAUUAGUUUAAUCAAUAUGUAUAAUAAUUAGAAAACGAUUUUGGUUUAAUGAUAAAACUAACCUAAUUUGAUAAAAUUUAAGAUGAACUAAAUUAAAAUAAGCAAGAUAAAGAAUCCUUAUUAUAUUAAAUUAAAUAAAAUGAAAAGACUAUUUAAUUGAAUGAAUAAAUGAUAAUUAACUUUAAGAAACAUGAUGAACAAUAAAUUAAGAUAAUUUAAGAUCUAAAGAAUCAAAAACAAGAAUUGUCAAUUAAACUAAAAGAAUUUGAGUAAUAAAGUAAAAAUACAUUAAUUUCUUAUAGAAAUAUCCUUUGAAGUUAAACUUUAAGAAAAGGAAGGAAGCUUAGAAAAAUGCUAAUUAUCAAUUCAAAAGAAUGAAGAAAUUGUUUAAAUAAUUAAAAUAAAAUUUGGUAUAAUUAAUAUAUUUAUUAGAAGUAGGUUUAUAUAUUCUCAAAUUAACUAACUUUCACAACAACUUAUAAACAUAAUGCUGGUUCAGUAACUUAGAAUGGAAAAGUUAUUGAGAAUGCAUCUGGUGCUUGGUGUUGUUGUAUGUGUAAUUAAAUGAUUCCUAAGAAUGGAGUGAUCUAAUUUGCUUUUAAAAUUAUUGAAAUAAUUUCUAUUAUGAUUGGAAUUGGUUUUAGGGAUAUUGUUUGGAGUAGGAAUUAUUUUAAUUGUUUUAAUAUUGGUGGAGGGUAUGUGUUAUGAUAUUAAUAGUUUAAAAUAGAACAUAUAAUAUAUCUUAUCCAGGUAUUUGUUACAAUCAUGAUUAAUAAGAUAAAGAUGAUAAGAAAAUAGCAUUUCCAUUUUCAACAAAUGAUAUCAUAAUUGUAGAAGUAGAUAUAGAAAAGUAGUAUGAGAAAUGGACAAAGUAAUCCACAAAUGAAUCAUUCGUAUCAAUUUUAAUUUAUUAUUUUAGACUCUCACCAUUAUUACAUCCAAAGAUUUGUAUCCAUGUGUACAUCUUUCUGGUAAAUGCAAAGUAGAGAUAUUAAAUUAAGUAUUUAAAUGA